UUAACCUAUAUAGGAAAACCAAUAGCUUGAGAAAAAAACUAUAAUACAUCAUGCUUUUUUGACUGAUCUCAUACGAUACGAUCUUAUCUGAUCUCAACUUCCUUUCUUUGCUUGGAAGGUCACAGGGAAACACCACAAUCCCACAUUUUCAGAAAUCCUCUAGAUCUCUGAUCAUGAGUUCUACAGCUGGAUUAUUGAGCAUCACCGCAAAGUCUCUGAGGACUGAAAUGGAAAACGGCAGCAUCCCUGAUCUGAAUGAUUAUACAUCUUACAUAUCAAACAUGGAUGAGUCAGUUACUGGUCAGCCAACUACCCCUGCUCUUUACAGUUAUGAAGACUACUACAGUGAAGCUGAUCUUAAUUCAGCACCCUGUGUUUAUCCAGCACAUGGAGCUAGCAUCCUCCCAGUGUUAUACUCUCUGUUUUUUGUGGUGGGCUUUCUGGGUAAUGCACUGGUUAUCUGGGUGGUCUUGAUGGGUGUCAGGCUAAGAAGCAUGACUGAUAUCUGUCUCCUGAACCUGGCUAUAGCUGACCUGCUCUUGGUCUCCACACUUCCCUUUCUUGCGCACUAUGCCAGAGACGAGUGGAUCUUUGGUGAUCAUAUGUGCACUAUGGUGCUCAGUGUGUACCACAUAGGAUUCUACAGUGGGAUUUUCUUCAUUGUAAUGAUGAGCGUCGAUCGAUACCUAGCUGUAGUUCAUGCUGUGUUCGCCUUGAAAGUCAGAACAAGGACAUAUGGGAUCUUAGCUAGUUUAGUCAUAUGGGUCGCUGCUGUCACUGCAUCCUUUCCCGAGUUGAUACACCUCAAAACCACAGUGACAAAUAAUCAAACACUUUGUGCGUCUUAUCCAACAACUGAUCAAUUGUCAUAUCAUGAUUCAAAGACAGCCGGAAUCAUUAAAAUGAAUGUCAUAGGUUUAAUCCUUCCACUUUCUGUGAUAGGAUUCUGUUACUCGAUGAUUCUCAUCAAACUGCUGACCGUUCGCUCAUCCAGGAAGCAGGCCAUGCGUCUUGUCGUGGUGGUGAUGGUGGUCUUCUUUUGCUGUUGGGCUCCAUAUAACAUUGCAGCUUUUUUUAAAGCCUUAGAGCUGAAAAGAGUAAUACUUUCCUGUGAAAGUAGUAAAGCAAUCACUUUAAGUCUGCAGAUCACAGAAGCUGUGGCGUACUCACACAGCUGUGUGAAUCCAUUUCUCUAUGUGUUCGUGGGAGAGAAAUUCAGGAAGCAUCUUUUCAGACUUCUGAACAGGACACCGUUCAGCAGACUGCAGAUCAUGAAGAGUUAUAUCAUACAGGCCACAGGAUCUGUUUAUUCACAGACUACUAGCAUGGAUGAGAGAUCUUCAGUCGCAGUCUAAGCCCCAAUCCCAAUUCUACCCCUUCACCCUUCCCCUUACCCCUCGUUCUGGGCUUUCCCGUGAAGGGGUAGGGGUGUCCCAAUUUUCUUCAUCUUUUAGGCGUAGGGCUAAGGGGAAGAGGUAGAUACCCCUUCAAAUGGAGAUUUUUUAAAAACUCGAUGACACUUGAAUACCCUGUCAGAAAAGUGUAGUGGCUGGGAAUGAGCUUUUUACAGUGUCUGCUAUAAUGUUAAUGUCACUUUUGGUGCGUUUACAUAGAUGAAUAUGGCCACUGUGUAAAUGCACAGUACAGUUACGAUCGUAUUGUCGCAUUAGAUCAUUAUGAUAACAUAGUAUAUGCCUUCAGUGAUUUCCUGAAGAUAAAUACCAAAAAAUAACACAACUGGAAUAACUACAGCAGUCGCGAUCGUCUGAUCUCAUAUGAAGCAAGAGAUCGCAAUGACAUGUGCAGGUGCUGUAAUGCUGUCCCAUUUCUUAGGGGUACAUUUUAAAGCCCUUCCCCUUCACACUCAGUUUUAAGGACCAAGGAGAAGGGGUAGGGGUGCAAAAAUAGAAUUGGGAUUGGGCCUAAAUUACAGAAUAAUCAGAAUAAAAACAUAGAAUAGGGAUUUACUUGCAUGAAAGGGGAAAAUAUGUUUUUUCCAAUAGUUACAAUUUGCACUGUUUUCUUACACCUUAAAUCUGUCAGAAAUCAAUAGCUAUGUUUUUUUUAUCUUGUUGCAUUUGCAGGCAUGUGUGUCUGUCUCUCUCUUUCCCUCUCUUUUCAUCUGCAGUCCCCACCCUAAUUACGCAGACGACGUGCUCUGGGAUUGGCUGGAGUGACCCAGGGUAUUCUUUAAAAAAAGGAAAACGGGCAUGGGGCGGGAGAGCGAGUUGUGGUUGGAGUGUUGUUUUGCGUGUGGUGUGAUAUAAAAACUAUUUUGUUGCUAAGUGUUAUUUUUGAUUGUGUUUUCCGUGUUGGUGUGUAAAUUGACUCUUUGUUGUGUAUCCAUCCAUGUUUCCCCUCUUAUUGUUUUGUUUUUGGUUUGUUUGUUUGUUUGUUGUAAAUGUUGAGUUCUGUACAUGGUAAGAAGCAGUAGGAGUUGGACGCCACACUUUUCUUUUGUGUAAAUAUUUUCUCCUGUUUUUUAUACAUAUUCAUUUACACAUUUUUAUUUCUGUUAUUUUGUUAAGUGUAGCUAGUUUCAUUUGGGUGUUUAGUUAGUGUACUUUUUGUUAAUUAUUUUUCUGUGGGUCCUCUCCACGUUUUGGGUGAUAAAAAAAAAAAAAGACAAAAAAGACAAAUAAACGCACCGACUCCAAAGGGUCACAAAAGAGAUUUUAUUUGUCCGGUGUUAUUUUAUGUUGCGGCCUUGAC